AUCGCAAACAAUGACUUCAUUUGUUGGAUUGGUCGUCCCAAUCUUGUCCCUUGUGACCAUACAACUCCUCCUUGCACGCAGCGUUACGUGCAUCAUGAACCUGACCAAUGAUUAUCUUCACCACGAAUGCUUCAACAGUGAAGGGAAAUACCAGAAAGGAAGCCCAUUCGAAGAUAACGUCAACCGUGUCGUCCGUUUGUUCUCUAGCGGCGAUCUUCGCGACGGUUUCGGCGACGCCUCCCACGGUGAAGGUCCCAAUAAUGUCUACGUCCGUCUCCAAUGCCGCGCCGACUCUUACUGGUCUAACUGCCACCCUUGCCUCUCCACCGCCAUCGCCGGGCUUCGUAGGAGGUGUCCGGGAAACAAGGGUGCAAUAAUAUGGUACGACCUGUGUCUUCUCAGGAUAUCUACGGUCCAUGCCUACGGGAAAGUCGAUUACCAAAACAAAUUCAUCAUAUCCAGCCCGAAGAAGCUAAGUGGAAAUCCAGCGUUGUUCAAUAAAGAGACGUCGGCUCUCCUGGAGAAUCUGACAUUAAAAGCCACCGAUACAAAUAAUUUUGACGGCGACUCGCUGGUGCUGUAUGAGGUUUACCCUUUUCUUAGAAGAUUGAAGACUGUU